CUACAUCACUCACGGUUCACCAGGUUGCUCCCUACCUUUAUCUCAGAACAACCAUCUCUCCAGGAAUACCUAUUUACAAGCUCAUACCAUAUCACAUCACUAGACGACGCUCCUUUCUUCGCUCUAGUCCCAGCAUUCAACCUCUGCAGCACCUCAAAACUCGGACAAUGAACACUUACACUUCCACAGCACCUACCAUCCUACAAACCCGAAGACAAUAUUCAAAUCGCUUCACCCUCCCUCAUCGCAAAUGCACAAGAUAGACACGCAGCUCUUUGCGAUCUUGUCUACUUCUCUUUGUAGUCAAUACUCGAUACUGUUUGUUAGCGUUCUGCAUUUCUCUGCCUCUACCCAGGUCGACGGGCUGCCGAUUUAUCAAGCCCGAUCAUAGACAUCUGCAAUGUCUACUGUCAUUUCAUCCCAACAGCAGCCUGCUAGAGGUCCUCGACGGUCCUCAAAGAAACAACAUAAUCCGAACACACAUGACGGCUUCUCCUCAGAUGUCGGCGCACUUACCGAAUACCAGCGCAACACCUCACCCGCUAUGACAAAGAAUAACAACAAAGGACACCCGAGAAAGUCUUCACAGGCACACAACAAACAACACGAAGCUUCCUCGGCUGAUCGAGGUAAGCCGGACAUGGCAAAAGCGACACCCGUCAAGCAAGCCGCAUACGCAGGAGCAACAUUUCAACAAUCACCAGCCCCAUCCGCUCUUCCGAUCCCAAGCUUCUAUUCAAAGUCCUUACCAGCCACGGGUUCGUUGCCAUCGCAGCUGGGCAACGAUGCGCCGACAAUAACACAAGAUUCUCCAAUAAAAGUGGCAGACAACUCGCCUAGCAAGCCAGAAGCAACGCCGCUCGACUUUCUCUUUGCAGCUGCUCGACAGGCGCGAGUCGCACCCACUGGUGAUAGUCCUGCCGCUCGUUCUGGCAAUCUGUCGGUGCCGACUGGAAGCCCUGCUUCGAGGUCCCCUGCGCCGCGGGAAGGUGAACCCAUGUUCCCUUUCGAAUUGGAUGGUGCUUCGGCUCCGGGCGAAGACGGUGGUUCUUUUGCGACACCGUACAAAGAUCGUAUGGACGCACUAAAAUCAACAAGGUCAACAUCGUUGGGGGGCAAGACCAUGGACGAGCAUGAGCGCAAGGCGAAGACUGACGCCCUGAAGAAGCUUCUAAUGAAAUCAAAUAGUCAAGGCAACGAACACCGCAACAAUUCGGCUCCUGAUGCAAACAAUCCUUUCAACGCUAGAGCACCAUAUCAGCAGCCUACGUCUCUGCCUUCAGCCCCUCCAAACAUCCGUCAGAACUCUGGGUCUAACUCGAUGUAUACACAAGAAUACACUCGCUAUGGUCAGCCUCAGAAUUUCCACCAACAGGGAUACCAGUAUCAACAAGGACCGAUGCAUACUCCGAAGAGGCCUAACUCUUCGAGCUUAAGAAACGUCUACGGGCCCCAAAGCGAACCGGAGUAUGCGGAGCUAUCAUCGGACAGUGCGAUCACUCCACCUAUACCGACACCACGGAAAUCUACAGCACACGCAGCACCACAAAACGGAGCAGGAGUCGAAGGACAGGCUCACUCCACCCCGCAUCAAGCCCAAGCGCAACGCGCAAAGCCCAGUGCUCAACAGCUGGAAGAUGAUUUGCGACGUGUUCUGAAAUUGGAUCUUACAUCUAGGGUUUGA